GUGGAAAGCCAAAUCCGUUGGCAGUUUUGGCGGGAAGUCAAUGGCGACAACAGCAAAAUGGUGAAGGAAGAGAUUUUGACACAUCAUUUCACUCAAUUGGGGUAUGCCGUCGAGGAUAAACCAGUCCUACUAAAAUGUCUCGACCUGUGUGAUCUCUAUAACCUCGACGAGGAGACGCUAGUCGAGGAAUGGGUGGGAUAUGCAGUGUCAAAUGAUCACGAGACCGAGGGAAGUGAUCCAACUCUGAAAAGCCUCACCGAAUUCGAGAAUGCUGUGUUGAAGAAAAGGGGACAGACAAUAAAAAUUGAUGAUGAAGGACCCAAAAGUGAGAUGGGAAUGCUGGCGGCGUCUGCACCCUCGAAAAUGUUCGUUGAUGACGAGGACAUCCUUGAAAUGUACGGCUACAAAUCCUCGACCCCAUCGGUGAGUCCAUUUUAUCAUACAAUUAAACAAUUAACGGAGUUAUUAUUUCAGUGGCAAAGUGGCAGAACGAGAUGGGAACUUCCAAAACGUGGGGUUGACACGAACAUCAGUGGAAAAGUCAUCCAGCAAUUUGGGAAUUACGUAGAGACCUGGAAGAAUGAUAGCACAUAUACAGUGAAAAUAACAUCAAAUCACCCCUACGUACCCUCGGAUCAGACGUACAUGUUUGAUAUUUUAUCGAGGAGACUAGAAAUUCUAGAGAAUUACUGCACAGACGUGGGCAAGAGGAUCUCUGAUCUGUGGCCCAAGGACAAGGAGAUGAUUCUCACAGAGAACGGAAUGGCAGCCAUUCAGGUGCCCUUCAGGACAUACGGUCGAGUCAAGUGCGAGAGAAUUGGAACUGGUAGUUUUAUCCUGCAGAACUGGUUUGUCUCUGAGGACGAGGAAGCCCCUGACGGUGAACCUUCCACGAGAAUAAAAGAGAAUUCAGUGUUGACAGUUCUUAAUUUGUCGUCGUUGAAAUCAUUCUCCAUUUUUCCUGGAGAAAUGAUCGUCGUUGAAGGGAUUAAUCCAGGAAGUGACAGUUUUAUCGUCAGGGAGAUGAGGUCAUUGGUUGGGGUACAGCCAACACCUCCACUCCAGAUGGAGCACACGAUGCAGGUUGUCUUGGCUUGUGGACCUUUUACUCAGAGCGAUCGACUCGACUUUCAACCACUCAUUAAUCUCAUGCAGAAUGUCGCUGAGACUCAACCCAAUUUACUUGUUCUCGUCGGGCCCUUCAUUCCUCAGGAUAACGAGGACAUCAAGCAAGCUAUUGUUGUUAACACUCUUCAGGAAGUUUUUGAAGAAUUCCUCGAGAAGAUUAUGAAUUUUGUUAAAGGAUCUUCCACGCAAGUUCUUCUGAUACCAUCAAGCAGAGAUGCUCAUCACGACAACAUCUACCCAACUCCAGAGUAUUUUAUCCCACAAUCACUGAAAUCCCCAAAUAUUCACACAACAUCAGACCCCUGUAUGAUAAGUAUCGAUGGACUCUCGAUAGGCGCCACAUCUGUCGAUAUUUUGAAGCAUCUAGCAGGAAAGGAGAUGAGCCACAAUAUGGGCGGUACAGACAGAGUCAUCCGUCUAGCCGAACACGUGUUGCAGCAGGCCUGCUUCUACCCCCUGUACCCACCAUCCAAACAAAUAAAUAUGGACAUAGAGAUGUGGGAGAAAUACGGCCAGAUGAAAUACAGGCCACACAUUCUUCUUCUACCUUCAUCCUUGAAGCCCUUCUGCAAAUGGAGCGAUGACACAUUCAUCAUAAAUCCAGGGGAUAUGUCCAAAAAUCUUUACGCCAGACUGAAGAUUCGUCCCAAUUGGGCAUCAGAUUGUCUUGAUUGUGAAAUCCUAAAAGUCUGAUUUUUUAAUAAAUAAUCCAGAGUAUUCAAUUCGUGGAA